UAGUAAAACUGCAGUUUUCCUGCAGACAGGUCCAGGCUGAGAUGCUGCUCUUCAUCUGCUUUCUGCUGGCUGGAAGCUUCUGUCACAGCACAGGCAUCCGUGACCAGACUGUGUUCCUGAACACCAACGCUUCUCUGCCAUGCUCCCACGCACAUGGAGAUGUCACCUGGAGCAGAUACAGAAACAUGAAAAGGAAGAUGCUGGUCUCCAUCACAAACGGUGUUGUGGACAUUCCUGACAAACGCUUCGGCUUACAGGCAGAUGGAGCCUUGUUGAUCCGAAAUGUGAACUUUACUGACGAGUCCAUGUAUCUAUGCAACUUGAAACAGGAAGUUUAUUUGAAAGUGAUAUCAGAUUCAAAUGAGCAGAUUCCCAAAGAUGGGCCAGGAGAUCAAGCUGCACCAGGAAAAGAUGGGCCUAUUGUCCGACUGGAAUCGGAGCAGAAGGAAGCAGCUGCAGAGAUCCAACAUUCCUCAGACUCCUGGAAAAUCCCUGUUGGAGUUGUCCUAGGAGCUGCUCUGUUGCUCCUGAUGUUCCUGGCCCUGAGGGUGUGGUCAUCAAAGAGAGCAGAGAUAAGAAACAGCAAAGAGAACGUUUCUGAGGUGGUUUAUGAGGAGAUCCAGGACACAGACCAACUGCAGGAUUCUGAGCUGGAGAAUUGGUACUACUCCACCAUCAUGGAUGGAGCCAACAGCUCUACACCUUCAGAGCCCCACCUGUACAGCUCUGUGAACAGGCUCAUAGUCGAAGGCUGGAGCAGGGUCGCCCAGAAUCCUCAGUGAUGAAGACCCUCCUGAUCAGUCUGACAGAUGAAACCAGACUGUUUUCCUCCGUCUGGUCAUGUUUCAGUAGUUUCAGAGGAGAACCACCACUGCAGACCUAAAUGAUCCAGAACAUCUGUUUUCACAGCUAAUUACCCAGAUAAUUGUGUGCUUCUGUAAAUAAAACUGAAUAUUGAUGUUUUAUUUUAAACAAAUAAAAGCCCAGCUGAAAAGAAAA